CAAAGCGUAGCAAUAAGAGUUUUUUGGUUUCUGUUGGUUAGCUUGUCUCAGCUCAUCAGAACGAUCAGAACCACUGAAAUUGCUGUAUCCGUUGCUUCUGCUAUUGUGUGGCUGAUGAUGUGCAGGUUUAUUAUUAUGCAUGUAGAUAGGCAAACAAUAUAAAGAACCGAUCAAGAACGAACAAGAAGAAAUCAAGAAAAGUUACAGAGUCACAAUGUCCGCACCAAGCUUGGCACGGAUAACGAGAAAUGUUAAGAAGUUGGAGAAACCCCGUCCCCUAAAGAUUUCAGGAAACCAUAAUCGCCUUUCUACCAUUGAUGGCAGAUUAAAUUCAGUGGAGGACAUUAUGGCCCUAGCUGAUACUGUCUCAAUGCAUUUGGCAAAUGCAAAUUUUGAUCAGCUGUUGCGAGUAAACAUUAUAUCAAUUUGUAAUAACUUGAAACUGUUUGGACAGCAGCUGGAAACAGUUUAUAAAGAUCAACUGGAUAGGAUAUUUGUGGCAUUUCGUAAUGGGUGCAGAGAUGAGCGACUGGAUUACUUGUCUAGAAUCCAUUUAUUGGAGGCCAUUGAACUUCGAGCUUCCAAUUGGCAAGGGUGUGACAACCUCACUGCAUACUACAAGGCAAAGAAUACAGUGGAGAAUCAAGACUUGCUGCCAGUACCUGACACACCAACCCUUCUUUCUGUGGCACCGCCAUUACUUGGCACCUCAUCCUCCCCAGUACAGUCACAAGCCCCACUACUGGGCCCUGGUGAGGUAAUAAAGACAUCAGGAAAAUUUGCCAAACCCACCAAGAUACCAGGGAAGAAUUAUUGUAAGGAUGAGGUUGUGAUUCGUAAUUCUGACUCUGGGAAAGUGAUGGGCAUCAAGGGACGGCGUGUUCACAUGAUUGAGGAGCUGAGCGAGACCAUCAUUUCAUUUCAGCGAGUAAAUCCAGGAGCAAAGGAACGCUUGGUACAGAUAACAGGCCCAAAUGAAGAAAAGAUUAACCAUGCUAAGCAGCUGAUUGAGGACACAAUACGACGAAAUGCAUCACCAAUACGAUUAGAGCAACCCGACAAGGAACGUAUGGGUGGCUCUAGUAGUAGUCUCAACAGCAGUGCGUCAGAUGAGAGUAAUCGGUUUCCUGAUGUUCGUCGAUCUGCACUUCUUCAUAGCUUCUCAACAAACGAUGCAUCUCUAGGAGAAUACAAAUAUACUGUCACAGUUGGCAAUCAGUCUGUCAAAAUCACUGGCACCAACUUGGAUCUUGUUAGGACAGCCAAACUUGUCCUGGAUGAACAUUUCAAUCAAGACCCAGAACAAUUCUAUGGCACAGGGAACUUCUGCACAACCAGAUAUGAGGAUGAACCAAAGACACCAUCUACGCCUCUGCUUGUUGCACCUCCUGGUAAAUUUUCUUCUGUCAGUCGAGUUGAUAGUCAGGACAGCAAUGCCACCAGUGAGAGUGAUGAGACUUACAAAGCCCCUCUCACACUGGAACCUGCCCCUUCCUCAUCCCCAGCUCUUGACACCAUCUCAGUGAGCCAGUUAACUGUCGUCCGGCAGCCGCUAUUCCCAGAUGCUUCAAGGGAAGUGUUUGAACAAGCAGAGACAUCCCCCAGAGCAGUGGAUGUGAAUGCUCGAAACAGACGUGCAUGUUUUGCUCAUACGAGCAGUCAGCAGAAGAAGGACGAAUCAGCUGUAACCAAGACUGAAGCUCAGAGUACUGGGAUUACUGGGAAGUAUUCCAGGGAGUACUUACUGGAGCUGGCAUUAUCACCUCUGAGCCGCAAGGAACCAAAAAAUUGGGAGCGCAUCAUGUUGUACUCCAUUGCAAAGAAGGUGCCAGAACUGUUUGAUCCAGUUUCCUAUAUCCAGAAGUGUCAAGAGUCAGAUGGAUCAAACACAGUUUUAAGUGCAACAGAAACUGAAUCUGCUGACCUUGAUUGACAGAUAAUCAUCUUGAUCUUGAUAAUGUGUGUUUCUUGCUGAGUUCUCAUAAGUCUCUUAAUAUCUAUUAUUUAUUU